AUGCGGCCGCUCGCUUCCAAGAAUCGCCCAGACAGGCCGCCGACCAAGAAGGCGCGCGCAAAAGCGGCCAGGAAGACACCCAAGAUCACCACACCGCUUAGCGAGUCCACGAAACACUUGAGUGUGCCCAUGAUCGACAUCGAGGCGUAUGUGAAUCGAUCAGAGGCCGAGCGAAAGCUCGAAGUCGAAACCAGUAAAACUCCGGGCAAGAUCAAGCGUCCCAUGAAUGCUUUCAUGUUGUACCGAAAAGCAUACCAGGGCCGGACCAAAGAGCACUGCACACAAAACAACCAUCAGCUGGUGUCGCAGGUGUGCGGUGACAGCUGGCCACUGGAGCCCGAGCACAUCCGGAAUCAAUUCACCGAAUGGGCCAGGAUCGAGCGCGAGAACCACGCAAAGACAUGGCCGGAGUACAAGUUUGCCCCCAAAAAGCCAAAAGACCUGAAGAGAAAAGCCGAGGAAGAGGAGGGGGAGGACGAGCUGCCUCUCGAGGAUUACGACCACGAAACGGGCCGAGUGAUCAAGAGGCCGCGUUCGAACCGGAGCACGCCUGUGCCGGAGGCGGAACACAUGUACGGGCCGCAAGUGGCGUACUACACGGCGUACUCGCCGCAGCAGUCUGCGAUGAUGAUGCCGGGGCGUGGGCAGUUGCAAAUGUCGUCGUAUGAAUGGAGCAACCCAAACAAGCCCAUGCCAGCGCCAUACAACCACAUGAAUAUCCAGCAACAGUCGCAUUAUUUGGCGUCGCAGGCCAUGCCAACCCGAAACCACCAACUGAGGAACUUUGGGGUGGAGGAUGUCUCGUUCCAUAAGACAGCUGCACCAGGAAAUCCGUACCACUCACCACAGCAGAACCUAAUAGAUCAGUACAACUCGGCUUCGCAACCACAACAACCACUGGAGCAGCAGAAAGCUCAGCAAGAGCAGUUGUUCGGAACCACUCAGUACACCCAGUUCGAAACCCAAUUCGAUCAAGACCAAUUCAGCAUGCUGUAUCAGAACGCAGGCGAUGGCGGGUUCGACCAGAACAACCCGCUGCUCCUGCAACCGAACUCGAUAGAAAGCUACAUGGAGAGCCAAGGCGGCCAGGUGACGAGCGAGGGGUUUGGUAUUGGCGCCACUGCUGCCAACUACGACGGACAGCUGGACGGACACUUGCGUGACUUGUUGACUUCGACGGGGGCCGAUGACUGGCACAUCCAACCAGUCUCAGAGGCGCAGUCUGACAGCCAGUUCGAUGUGAACUGGUCGGCCCAGUUGGACCCUUCGCUGUCGGAGCCGUACAACGCACAGGACUGA